CGGUUAUUGUAUCCGUAUAAAAUUUAUAGACAUUCUGUAUGUAUGCUCGUGUGUCCACAAUUUUAAAUGAAUUGGUAGUUAAUACCAUGUAGGGGGUCAAGCCUGGACCAUUUUAAUUGUUUUUUGACAUAUGAUAUCAAUUUUUAAUUUGUUCGUGAAUUUUAUCUAUAGAUAACCGUGAUAGGUAGUAGCCGGCGCGACUUGAUUCAAUUUUCACUUCAAAUCAUGAUCAAGGUAGUUCUCAAUUCAAAUCAUGACCUGAGUUACUUUACGAUUCAAAUACUUUGGUAAUAAGCAUUGAAAAGUAUAUAAACUUGAUCACCGUGAGUAUAAAAAUAAUUGUUCUCCUGUAAAAUGUUUAUUCAUUUUUUUAAAUACCUAGGUAUAGAUUUUAGGUAUUUGAGUAGAAUUAUUCUAUUUAUUUUUAAAUUGCUAGUGUGGCUAAGAUAUUAGCAUUGAUUAUAAAUACUUUAUCAUUGGUAUUAUGUAGUAAAUAUUUUAGAUUUUAGGUUCUCUUACUGAAUGGUCUCUUUAUGUUCUUUUUAAUCAUAUGUUGUCUUCUGGUUUUUUAUUGCUUCCCCUGGCCGUUCAAAAAAUGUAUCACUCUGUCACUCAGGUUUUUUCUGACACCUAAUUCGGGUUUGCAAAAUGAUACUGAAAUAAUUUCAUGAGCCCAAAAGUUAAUUUAUUUACUGGAUAGUAUCAAUUAUUAAUUAUUGCAAACAUUAUUACAAAUAGAUAGCAUAGGAUGACCAUAGAAGGUGAAAAUGAAAUUUUAAAUAAGUCAAAUUUAUAUCUUAUACAAUAUUUCUCAUAAGACUAUAAAAUAUUAACAAAGUGUUGGGUUUCUUGUAAAGUAUACAUGUUUAAAUUAUUGAUUUUGCUGACUGUAGACAAAAUAACAAAGAUAAGCGUGUACAAAUAUUCUUAAGGUAGUCAUAGAUACUGAUUCCAUCUUAAAUAGAUUGUAAUAUUUAUUUUAAUAAAGAAAAAGAAGAGAGAUAGACAUUAUGAUAAUAAACUAUUUAUAGAUUUACUGGUUUUUAAGUGUUUAGUUUAUAGAUUUAUUAUGAAUACAACUAAAUAAAUUACUACUUAUAUUUAAUUGUAUAAUUUGAAUUAGUGUCAAACGAUUGGAAAAACAAAAAUACACAUAGUACAUAGUUUUAGUUAAUAUAAAAGAAAAUGGAGUCAAUGGAUAUAUCUGUUUCUGAAGAAGAGCAUAUGAUGGCCAAAGCUAGAAGUUUUCUUGAAACUGAUUGUUUUAGAAGUAGAGCCUGGUUACUUACGGCCAAAUCAAUGUUCCCUGAUAACUUUGGAAUACACGUAUGUUAAUAUUAUUCAGUAUUAACAACAGUUAAAAAUGCUUACUGCUAUAUUUGUUCAUUGAUUUAUUUUUUUUUUUUUUAGUUUGAAAGUUAUGAAAUUGAGAAAAACUUACGUUGUGUUCAAAGAGCUGCCAGGUGCUUCAGUGGUUUGUAAGAUAGUCAAUUGUUAAUAUUUACUAUUUUAUUCUUUUAAUCUCAAUAUAUUGUUUAGACUUGAAGAUUUUCCUAAUGAAGCAAUUCUUUGGAAAGAAAUUGAAAAUUUUACUCCAAUUUUGUGUAUGGACACGUUUUGUCUAUCAGAAGAACAAACAUUUUAUCGAGAAAUGUUUUCCGCACUGCCAUUGUGUAAGUUAACCGAUAUUUGUGGUAUCUAAUUAAUUUUAGUACACUUCAUUAUGUUAUUUCUUUACUUCAUGUAGUUAAAAAUUAUAAUGUAUCAUAGUAAUAAAUUUGUCAUGUACAACAAAAUUAAUAUUUUAAUAAUUUUUUGUUACAGCCAUUCAACAGAAGUUAUUGUCAGUGUGUGCUGAAAGGAGUGAAGACACAAUGGAACAUUGCCGUCUAGUACUUUUACUUCUGAAUCGUUUCCCGCAAUCAUCAACUGAAUUAGCAGUAAGAAUAUUUUUAGAAAUAAGUACAAAAUAGCUAUAUUCACGGGCAAAAUAUUUCAACUGUUUCAGCUAAAGCUUAUGGACACAAUGAUUACAGCAGAAAAACAUAAUCAAUGCCCUAAUGUUAUAAAUUGUUAUAGAAAGAUUUUAGGUAAAAUAUAACAAUAUUAUAAAAUAAAAUAAAAUAUACAAUUUAUUUUUAAUUUGUUGUGCUGAAAUUAAAACUUAGAAUAGCAGUUAUAUUUUUCAAAUAUUAAUACUGUUAGAAAUCAAAAAUAAAUUAGGUGACUGUACUAGAGAAUAUAACCAGAGUUUGACAAUUUCUCUAGCACUCAGAUACUCCGGUUUUAUGUAUAAAUCUACGAGCUAUGGGUUCAGUAAAUUAUUCUUGAGGUCGUUGUAAAAUUAAAUUAGUACUAUUUAUAUAAUUAUAUAAAGUUUAUCAAUAAGCAGCAAGAAUAAUUAUUUUCAUACGCCUAAAUAUUAGAUAAAAUACAAUUUAUUGACUCUAGUUGUUAUACAUUAAAUUUAUACAUAAGCAUAUAGGUUCACGGUAUCUUUUGCUAAUGAUUUAUUUUUUUUUUGCUUAUUGGGCCUGUGUCUCUGAAGUCUGGUAUAUUCAAAGGUGGCAACCCUACUGGUACCUGACCUUCAAUGUUUUUUCAAUUUUCUUAGCUUUAUACUAACAAUACUAUAAAUAAAUAAUUUGAAUUAUAAAUUAUUAAUACAAAAUGUUUUUUUAUGGAUUGUAUUCAUUUUUAAACAAAGAUAUUUUUUUUUUUUACAGUUUGCGACCUUGGUCCAUUAUUAGUGUCAACAAAUACCUUAAAUCAAAAAAAUUUGUAUAAAAUGUUAACAAAAACAACCGAAUUUUAUAUCACUUAUGCUAUGGGAGGACAUUCUAUUAUCAUUGAGGUAAAAUAUUUGUCUAAUAAAAAAUAUCAAGAUGAAUGUAUUUAAUAAGAGUUUAUUUAGAAUUUGCCUGAGACUGAAAAUUAUAUUAAGACACCUUGGGAAGAUUUGUUUGCAUCGUGUGAACGUAUUGGUAAAAAACUAUCUUGGGAAUUGAGAUAUGUUUUAAGUCAAAGGUAUUUUGUUUAAUAUUUAUUUAAUUUAGUUUUAAUUAAUAAGUCACAAAUAAUGAUGAAAAUAAAUAAUUUAUUUUAACAAUUUAGUGAUAAACGUAAAGCGUGGAAAAAAGUAUCGAGUUUUGCAAAGAAGUUUGUAAUUGCUUCAAAUAACAGUGAGCUUAGCAAACAGUUAGUAUUUUGUGGCAUGAUUCUAUUUGUGAAACAUGUUUUUGAAUACAAUCAAUCUUUACAGCCUGGUAAUUAAUUUUAUUAAUGUUUGUUAUUAAUAAAAACUAAAACUUAAAAACUAUUUUUAUUUUUAUUUGUAUUAUUUAUCUUUGGUUUUCUAGAAAAUGAUUCAGAAUAUUUAUUAGUUAAAGCAAUUAAAGGGCCGAAAGUACAAAUUAAUAAACCCCCAUUGAAACAAGCUGUAUUGUCUAUAGCCACAAAAUUGAAUGAAUCAGUGAUCGGUAUAACUGAUGAAUCGUCUGAAGUCCUUGAUCAUUUUAAAAUGGCAUUCAACUAUUGGGAGCUACUGACUAAUAAAGAACCAAUGUGCACUGGUAAUGAACUUAUAUUUGUAUUUUGUUUUGUUAAAUAAGUAAUACUUGAAAUAUUUACAGAUUAUUGGAAAUUAAGUGCUCAAAUUAAAGUAGAUACGUUCAUAGGUCAAUUUCUUAAUGACAUUGAAUUUUAUCAAGGAAAAUACAAGAAUCUUUUUAAAGUUGUCCCAAGUCAAGAAAGCAUUAGAAGAUCAUUAUCAUUAGUUAACUUGUAUUAUUGUGUACAAGAAUUUAAGGUAGAUAAAUAAUAUUUUGUUAUUUUAUUAUUUUUAGCAUCUAGGUGUAGGAGCUUUAAAAAUAUACUUUUUAAAAUUUGUGUAGAAAUGUGCAGAGAACAUAUUUGAAGUAGUACAUCAAACAAAGAGUUUCAUCUUAAAUGGGAAACUUUCUAUGGAAAUAGCUAAUCCUCCUGAAGAAAGAGAAAUGUAUUAUAUUCAAAUAGCAAAAUUACCUGUUUUACAAUAUUGUGUCAAAAUAAUGAUUCAAAUUCUCUAUGUAAGUUUGUAAUAGAUUUAAUAUAAUAUUAAUAUUAUGUUAAAUACAAAUAUAAAUAAAUUGUUAUAUACUUUAUUUAGAGCCAGCUUUCAAAUUUCCCUACAGACAAUGAUCUUAUUGGUCACCUUUUAGUACUUUCACAGAUGGUCUGGCCAGAAGGGAGUGAAAUUGCUGAAGAUAUGUAUGAACGCAUAGUUAAAAUGCCUUUAUUUACAUAUCCUCAAUUUUCAGCUUAUAUUACAAACAUAGACAUUAUUGAAGCGUUCAUGGAAAUAUUCGAAUCAAAUGAUAAAUGUGUCUUGAAUAUAUAUCCCUGUGUAGGGCCUUCAUUAAAGUAAAUAAAUAAUUUAUUUUAAAACAGAAGUGAAUAUAUUGUAUUAUUUAAUUAAGUAUAUUAUAAACAAAUAAUGUUUAAUAUUUGUAGUUCUCGAAUAUCAACUAGAGGUACUGGAAAAGGAAUAAAAGAAGACUUUAGAUCGGCAGUGAAAACACAAGUACAACAAUACUCUGAACCUAUAGAAGAAACAAUGUUAUUAUUUUUUAUGAAUGAAAAAAAAAGUUUAAUGAAAUCUGCUACUCUUAUGGAAAAAUCUUUAACUUAUUAAGUUAUUAUUGAUUUUAAAUAUUAUAUAGGGUAAUCAAUUUUCCAUAUGACACUGUAUUAUAGAAAUGUAUUAAUUUUUUAAUUUUUUUUCUCAAAAUAUACAGUUCUAAAUUGCUACAUUGUCCUUAUUUUAAAUCAUUUUUAAGUUUAAUUUUAUUAGUAAAAGGUAAGUAAGGAGUUUGUGAAAUUGAAAUCAAAGCAGUGUAAUUGUUACUUUUAUU